AUGUGGCUUUCGACAGAAAACCAGUUCGGGGAGGAGUCCCGACUGAGAUCCACUUCCACAUGUGGAGGAUUUCCUGCAGCGGGUCCCAGAAAGAGUUCACAUACUUUCCUCUGCUGGGCUAAAACUGGACCUCUGGUCCCGGGUUUCGGACCGCCUGACUCCGGGUUUUCUCCCCCCCCUCCAGCUGAGUUCCUCUUCCUGCUGUGGGCGGUGUACCUGUGCUACGCCGUGAGGACCGUCCCCUCGGCCUUCCACGAGCCUCGAUACAUGGCCAUCGCCGUUCACAACGAGCUCGUCCUGUCGGCCAUUUUCCACACCAUCAGGUUCACUUUGGCUCCUGAACUCCAUCCCGACUGGAUGCUGCUUCUCUUUUUCGCUCACACCCACCUGACUGUCACCGUGGCACUCGGAUUACUCCUCAUUCCCAAGUUCCUGUUUGCAGGCACCCACAUGCGGGACGACAUCGCCUCGGAGGCCUACGAGGACGAGCUGGACAUGGGCCGGUCCGGCUCCUACCUGAACAGCAGCAUCACCUCGGCCUGGAGCGAGCACAGCCUGGACCCCGAGGACAUCAGGACGCCAGAGGAAACGGGCCCGCUCAGCUCUGUUAAUGGCGAGGAGCUGAAGAAGCUCUACUCCCAACUGGAGGUCUACAAGAGGAAGAAGAUGCUGGCCAACAACCCGCACCUGCAGAAGAAGCGCAGCUCCAAGAAGGGUCUCGGCCGCUCGCUGAUGCGCCGCAUCACCGAGAUCCCUGAGUCGGUGCACCGGCAGUACAGCCGCGAGGACAAGGAGGGGGCCGGGGGGGAGCACGCCGGGAACCGCAACAGCAUCUGCAUGACGAGGAAACCCCCCCUGGAGCCGAGCCACCAGCCCAAGCCGGCCAGGGAGGAGACCCUGAGGAGCAAGGUCUUCUCCCUGAAGAAGUCGCACAGCAGCUACGACCACGUCAGGGACCAGGCCGAGGAGUCCCAGGCUCCAGAGGGGGGGCCCGAGGCCGAGGGAUCCCUGUUGGACACCCUGAUGGGCAAGAAGCUGGUCAAGAAGAAGUCCGACGAGAACGUGGGAGUCCCGGGGGAGUCCGCGGAAUCGGUUCCCCUUGUCUGCAAGUCGGCCAGCGCCCACAACCUGACGGCCGACAAGAAGCCGCUGCACCCACGGGCCUCCAUGCUGCAGAAGUCCCUGAGCGUCAUCGCCAGCGCUAAGGAGAAGACCUUAGGGCUGACCGGGAAGGUCCAGAGCGCGGAGGAGGGCGGAGGCCGGAGGGGGGAGAAGGGGGAGAAGGGGGAGAAGGGGGAGAAGGGGCCAAAGGCCAACAGCAACAACAACAACGAAGAGAACCAGAACCAGGCCGAGGAGAUACAGGCAAGAACGGCGCAGAAGGGCCGAGGCGGGAAGCAGCAGCCGGCGACCGGCCCCGACCCGGCCAAGACCAAGGACCUCUACGACCUGUCCGAGGUGUGUCCCUGGGAGGUGGAGGACCUGCCCACGCCCUCCGAGAACAAGGUCCAGAAGCACGUGUCCAUCGCCCCCGAGGAGACCACCACCAUCCACGGGGGCGGCUCCAAGGGGGGCAAGUCCCAGAGGCAGAAGGCCUCCGACCAGUCCGGCGCGAGGCACCCCAAGGAGGCUCAGAGGUCCUCGGCCGCCCGCGCAGAGGUGUGUCCCUGGGAGGAGGCGUGUCCCGGGGGUCCGGGGGAGGGUUCAAAGGCCAAGGCCAAGGGGUCCCAGCCGGGGGGGGAGGGAUCCAGGGUUCCUGGGCCUGACGUCUGUCCCUGGGACUUCCAGGAGCCGCAGAGGCCUGGGGAUCCGGACAAGGCCGAGCAGAAAAAGACCCGGUCCCAGGAGGCUCCCAGAGGGGGGGCGGAGGCGGGUCCCCGGGAACCGAACCCCCGGGAACCGAACCCCCGGGAACCGAACCCCCGCGAACCGAACCCCCGGGAACCGAUCCCCGGUCCCGCGCAGGCCUCCAAAAACAAGGAGUCCCCCUCGAGGAAGAAGGGCCUCCUGCCAACAAGGACAGCAGAGAGGGAGAAACCCAAAGACUCCAGAGCCAAGGAGAAAACCCCGGAGGAGGAGAAGGAGGUGGAGGUGGCGCCCCCGGUGGAGAAGAGGAGGAGCGCACCGGUGGGGGCGGCCAGAGCCCGACAGGCCGAAGUCUGCCCCUGGGAUUUUGAGGACGCGUCGGAGUCCGGAGGUUCGCAAUCCGACCCGAAGGCGGCUCCCAAAGCCGAGGUCUGCCCCUGGGACUUUGAGGACAGCUCGUCCGGAAAGAAGGCGUGA